AUGCUGCGAUCCCUGCCCAGCCUCCUCCUCGCCGCGUCGACCCUCGCGCUGACGUUCGAUGCCCGAGCCGCCCUGCGCUCGGCUCCCGCCUCGGCUCGCGCCAACCCGGCUCGCGCUCCCGGAGCCUGCCUGAUGGCGAAGAAGCCCAAGGUCGACAAGCGCUCCUGGCUCCCGAAGCGCUCCUCUCCGUUCGCCCGCGAGGUGGACGUGGCGCUGCAGCUCGUCUCUCGCGCCGCGGCCGGCGUGGGCAAAGCACCCGUAGCGGCAGUCAACCUUGCCACUCAGGCUCUCGUGUGUGACGGCCUCGCGUCCGAGUUUGAGGGCGACGCGGUCAUGGCGGCGGAGAGCGCGGAGUCGUUCGCCGGCUGCGACGCCGAGACGCGGCAGGCUGCCCUCGCACUUGCCAACGAGCUCGGCGCGACCACACCGUGCGUCAAUGCCUUUGUGCCUCCGUACCCUGACCCGGACGAGGCCGGCCUGGCCGCUGCACUGACGCGAAACGUGCGCGCGGGUCUCGGGCCGCGCACGUGGGUGCUGAGCCCGGUGGCCGAGGCGGAGCAGCCCGCCAUCUCCCUCUCCCUCCUCGAGUACGGCCGGCCCGUCGUGUGCGCAAUCGCCCUCCCCAACCUGCCGCGAAACUCAAUGUCUGGCGAGAAGCUGCUGCGCAUGACAGUCUCCUUUGACGGGCAGAGCGGCGCCGUUCCCCCGCCGAUGGGGAGCCUCAUGUGGGCGGAGCAGGGCAUUGGCGCGUACGAGCGGUCGGUGGGAGGAGAGCACGGCACCGACGUGCGCAUCCGCGUCGACCGCGCGCUCAUCGGGCGGCGAGACAUUGUCGGCACGGCGUGGACGCGGCCGGACCGGGACAACGGCCCGCUGCCCGUGGACAAGACGACCGGCGUGCAGGACUUCGGCGCUGAGGUCCGUAAGCGUUCCUGCUUCAUUUUCAUUCCAACCCAAGGCACCGUUGAACUUAGCCUCAGCCCCUCUGUGCCGCUGCAAGCCAAAGGCCCGUUUGCCUACGGGCUGAUCGCGCGCGGCGAGGCGAUGGCCUACUUUGAUUUGCCCGACGCGGCCGAGGCGUUUGACCGCAACGUCUGGGCGCACGCGGCGGGCGUCUUGCUCGUGCAGGAGGCCGGCGGGCGCGUCACCGACCCGGCGGGCAACGAGCUCGACUUUUCGGUCUGCCGCGAGGGCACGGCGCUGCCGGCGCACGUGGUCGGCGCGAUCGCGACCAACGGCGACAUCCACGCCAACGUGAUGCGAAAGUGCGGGCUGGCCUCGCUCAACGCGGCGCUGGGCUAG